UUUACUCCCCUAAGAUGGCAAAAGAAUCCAGUGGCCUCAGGAUGUCCCACAGCCUGGAAAAGAAGAGAGAGAUUCUGCUCUCCACUAAGAGUGCUUGGCUUCCUCUCGAUGAGCAGCAGCCCCCUCCCCCCAAGGAGAAAAGCCAGAAUUCUCCCAUCCCAGAAAUAGAGAAUUCUAGACAAGAAAGCAUACGGCAGUGGUUGGACUCUGGUUUCUUUAUCACUGCACGUGAAAACUGGCAGCAAGCCAUCAACCAAACAGAUGCUUUGAAUAAACAAGGAGUGGUUCCAGAGACAGUGAGCGACUACAUGAGAUCCUUAAAACAGUUUUCAGAGACUCCAGCAUUAUCCAGAGGGACCAGUUUCAACUCCUGCCCUUCUGUACCAAGUAUACCCAAAAGCAUUUCAGAAUGGCUGGAAUUCUGGCAAAAAGAUCCAGUGGAAAUUCUCCUGGAGCUGGGGUUCGGGGCCGAGGAGCCAGACAUCUGCACUAAAAUCCCAGCCCGUUUCCUCAGGGGUAACUCUACAGCAAAAGGCAUCAACAUCUGGGUGUUCCUGGAAGCUCACAAACAGAGGAUGGACCUUGAGAGCCCUGACUUGUAUGGACGGUUCCGACAGCUGGAAGUGCUGGACCAUGUGACUAAUGCCUUCUCCUCUCUGCUGAAUGAUGUCCACAGCCUGCAGAGGGAAGGCCAGGAGAAGGUGGAGGCAGAGAAGCCCGAGGUGGCCCAGGUGACUGCGAUCCACGACAGACGGAGAAGGAUCAGCCAACUCUUGAGGAGAGCCUCCAAACAGACGUUCAGAAGGGAUUGCGUGCAGGGCCACGCUGAGUCACUCAGGGUGAAGGGAGACCUUCCUGCCACCCCUGCUGAGCCAGACAGAUGCCCCUCUCUCCAGUCCGUCAGGAUGAACUUUGCCGACCAAAGCCACCUAUGUCCUUUGAUAGAAGAGCAACCUCCCCUGGGCGUCAAUAAGCUGGGGUCCCAUGAAGCGUCACCAGCUGCUCCAGGCAAGCCGUGGCCUCCUCUCCUGUCCAUGUCCCUAAAGCAGCCGCCCCUUCCUUGUGCUCCAGAAGGGCCAAUAAGAGACAGAGGCUUCCAGGAGAAAGGCCUGCUUCUGUCCCACAGACUCAGGCAGGUGGUGCACAUGGAUGCAAAGCCACCCGACUCUUUUGAAAUGGAAGAGGUGCAGAGUUUUGAGGAGGAACCUGGAAAUCCACCGGAGACGACCCUGGGUGCAGUCGGUGAUGGGGUGACAAGAGCCAGCAGCUGCCAGUCAGACAGCAGUGGGUUCCUGGAGGAACUUCCCGAGCCCUUCCCUCUACAGAUUUCUCCCUUGUUGACCUAUGAGAGUCUUAUUUGCGGAAGGCAAGAAGCUCAGAUUCCCUCCCUGGGACCAUCCCAGUGCCAUCUACAAGAACCAAAUGAAGAUGCCUCCCAAUGCAUUCUGAAUUUGCCUAUUCUGAACCAAGGCAAAAGUGACCAGGAAGAAAAGAUAUUUGCCUGUGUGGAAGAGGAUGAAUCUCUAUUAGCAGAAAAUUUAACCCAGGAGGGACCCCACAAGGAGACCCCCAUUGUUGAAGAUCUGGAGAGGAAAGACAAUCCCACAUGGAAUUUCCCUACAAGUCUGAAAACUAACUAUGAGGUGGAUGGAGGCACCAUCACUUCCAGAUAUGACUAUCCUGUGGGAUUUACUGUAGCCCAUACAGUAGAAGUCAAAACAGACUGCCUAGAGGCAGAAGGGCCUAAGGCAAUGUUCAUGGGAAGGUCUCCUAGCAUCAUGGGAAGUGUGUGUGAUAAAAGUGCAUCAAUUCAUAUUGAUAACUGUCAAUCUGCUUCUGAAGUACCAAGAAAUGGGCAGGCUGGCCAAUGGGACCCUGACUUAAGCAGGUUGGGAUCCUCAUUAGAAAAUGAGAUGUUGACAACACCAAGGCAGGGAUUUCCCAUACAGAGUGAAGUCACUCUCUCAUUAGAUAGCCUUGAUGAAGGUUCUAAAAUUUCUAUAUCCAACUCAGAUGAUGCAGCUGGAUGUAGGCCUCUGAGUACCCCAGGGCUCAGUGCUUCAGGUAAAGCAUCUUCCAAGUCAAGUGCAAAUGUGGGAGACUUUAUCCAGGACACUGAACCAAAUUCCAGUGGUUUCAGAUCAGUGACAAUUCAGAUGCCAUCCAAGUUGGUGUCUGGCAUCCACAGUUCCACCUCAGGAGAAGGUCCCAGAGAGAAUACUUUAGAUCCUCUUCUCAUGCCUUCAAAAUUCUUUAAGACUGAGGCUUCUCUCACAUCAGGACCAGGAGUAGGGGCUAGAGAAAGGCAGACCAAAGAAGCUUCAGUUCAAACAGAAAAAAACAAACUUGGAUUUCAAAAUUUGUGUCCUGCCUUAUGCUGCUGCUCAGGUACACAUAGACGGCCUCAUCUCACCCAAUCGGUCUCCCUAGACAGUGGCUCUCUGGGGAUACAUCGGCCAACCGUAGACUCAAAGCCAGCUGUCCAUGGUGUCCAGCGCAAUCAUGCCAGUUGCUGCUGCUGUCGCUGCUGCUGUUGCUGGCACCAUCACCAUCCCUGGGAUUGGCACCACCCUGGCCUUGCUUCCUGCUCAUACCAACACCACCUCCAAGCACAGCUCACCAAGACUGUGAAGAUCCUUCAGGAGGCUAUGAGCACUGUACAGGACAUGGAGAUCUGGAGAACAGUAUGUCAGAGUUUCUGGGAGCACUCCGAGGAGAUUGGACAUCACCUCAUGAAGGAGCAAGCAUAUGUCUUCAGUGAUAUGUCAGAGGAAGGGAGGGAGGAGAUGAGACACCUUCACAACCUACGCCAAGACUUGCAUCAACAGGUGGUUGAGCUGGAAUUCCACCUCAGUGACCGAGCUCGGCAGAUUCAGGAAGGGAUGAUCCUGUUUGACCAGCUCUUAGAAGAACAAUCCCAACUCUGUUCAGAACUGGGCCUCUCCAGCUGGGGAGAAGGAAGUGAUUCAGAUAUUCAUGAGACUGCGUCCCCCAGGGCUCCCACCCCCACCAUCGAAGGUCAAGGGACUCCAUUCCCAGAAAAGACCAGGGCACGUGCCUUCACUUCCCCCUCCUCCGCAGACAGCCCAGAGAUGCCCCUCCCAUCCCCAACAUUAGCAGAGCCAGGCCUUGCCUCAUCAGCAACCUCCUGGGAUCGGCAUGUGGGCAGUGAAGAAAAAAGAGGCUCCAGCCAGAGCCUAGUGGACCUCAAAGGCUUUUUGGGCAAACUGAAGAAGACUUUCAAGAGUUCCUUUGGCAAUGAACCAGCCGACGGACAAAACUGAUGGAAUGACAGAGGAGAAAGACAAUUCGUUCACUGUUGGACAAGCCUCCCCCUCCACAUCAGUUCAGAGACUUCACGCUAUUUAUAAAGAUGGUGGGAACCUGGUAACAUUGCCAUAGGGGAAUUCUUUCCUCUUCUGCCCCCGGGAUCUGCUUGAAAACAGGUUGCGUUAAAAUACUGUCAUCUAGUGGGGGGAGAGUGGGAAUGAUCAUAUUUUUCCAAGGCCAACUGACUCUUCACUUUCAGCCUAUGCAGAUAAAAAUGACUAACAACAAAUAGAACGGGAUUCUCAUAAUACAUGCAGGUCUUCUACCUCCUGGCUCCAGCUAAGUCAUUAAGAUUAAAGGACAUGUAUCUAGUGAUUUAAAGUUUUCAAAGAGCUUAACAAACCUCUUUUUUAAUCCUCACAAUAAUCUCACCAGGCAUGAAGUGCAAGUGUGAUUAGCUCCAUUUUACAGAUAAAGAAACUGAGAGCCAGAGAAGUUAAGUGAUUAGCCACAAUUAAGAAUGAUAAGAAGUGGGAUCUGAAGCCAGUUCUCCCCUAAAUCCAAGGCCAGUACUUUAGUCACAGCUCAACAUUGCCCAGGUAGAUAGGCCUCUAGCCAAUCCUUAUCGCCAGAGUAAGAGGGAUCCCAUAAUUAAUUAGAUUUCCAAAUUUGUCUUUGCAACAGAAGCUCAGGCAAGGAAAGGGCUGUGUCUCUAGUGGGUAGGAUGGAAUGUGGCUGGCAAUCCAGCCAAGGAGAUUGAAAAGGAGGAAUUAAAACCAGGAGAGAGAAGGAUCACAGAAGCUAAGGAAGGAGACAGUGUCCAAGAGGAAAGGGUGGCCAGCAGUAUUAAAAGCUGUGCAGAGAACAAGACAGAAGAAGAGAUUACUCAUGACCUUAGACAGAGCAGUUUCAGUUGAGUGGUAGGGAUCAAAGGCAAAUUGUAAGGAUUGAGAAGUGAAUGGGAGAUGAGAAAGAGAAAGCACUGACUUUGGAAAAAAAUGGACCACUCUUUCCCUACUAGAGUUUUGACUAUUAAAGGGAGACUAGAUAUAGGACAAGAUUUUGAAGGGUUGGUAGGUUCAAAAAAAGGUUUUAAAGGAUGUGGUCAGAGAGCUCAGAAUAUGCUUAAUCAACAGGGAAGGAGACUAUAGAUAAAAAGAGGUUAAAAUGAGGGACGCAGAGAAGGUGGUUUUAAAUGAAAACUGGACAUGACAGGAGAGGCUAGGAGGAAAGAGCUGGUAGAGGGGGUGGUGUUGGCAAGAAGACAAGAGCCACCUCUGUGAUCCAGGCUGGAGCAAAACAAGAGAAGAUGGUGAAGUAGGAGCUGGGGGUAGGAGAAGCUUGAAAACAGCCUCUGUUGUCUCAAUAUAAUAGGAGCCAAAGGUGCUUUUCUGAGUGGGAAGGGGAAGGUUUGGGAAUCGCUGCUGUAGAGAGCGAUCAUGGCAUUCUCAAUGUAGCACUUAGUCUGGCACUGCCUUGGAGGUGAGUAAACAUCUGUGGAAAGAGUUUGGCUAAGUGGUAAAGAGAGAUGGAGAGAAAGUCAAAGGAAGAGAGAUUGCUGAAUGAUGGUGGCAUGAACAGUAAUGCUGUGGACAUCACCUUUGAUGGCUUCUGGGUGGGGCCUUAGAGCCCAUCUAAUCCAAACCCCUUCAUUUUACAGAUGAGGAAACUGAGGUCUAGAGAAGUAAAGCAA